CAGAAUACGAUAAGGGCUUCUUCAGACAGGCUGAACUCCUGUGGCUGCUGGUUGUAUGAAGACGCUACUGUCGCCUCCUUGGAGUUAAACAUCACAAGCAUGCCGCUAGCACGGGUGGUGAUGGUGUUGGUGGUUGCACUGGUGGCUGCAGCGGUGCAGAAAGGCGUUGAUGUGCAGGUGAAUCUAAAGCAAGGCGUCUUCAAGGGCGAGCCGCUGGAUGCAGGCGAUGGGCGUCAAGUGUACUCCUUCAGAGGCAUUCCUUACGCCAAGCCUCCUGUCGGAACUCUCAGGUUCAAGGAACCAGAGCCCGUGGAUGCGUGGCAGGGGACGAAGGAGAGCUUCUCACCCCCACAGUGCCCACAGAUGGAUAUUGAGAAGAUGUUGAAGGGCGAGGAUCCCCAAGUGAAAGGCGAGGAAGACUGCCUUUAUCUUCACGUGUACACUCCUAAGCUAUGUGGUGGAGCCGUGCUGCCCGUCAUGGUGUUCUUACAUGGUGGAGGAUUUAUGUUUGGAAAUUCUGAAAUGUAUGGGGGAGCACCCCUGCCACUUCUGACAAAGGACGUGGUGCUGGUGUCGCUGCAGUAUCGUUUGGGUACUCUCGGCUUCCUAUCGACGGGUGACAGCUUCCUGCCGGGCAACAUGGGGCUCAAGGACCAGACCCUCGCCCUCCGAUGGGUGCGUGACAACAUUCGCAGCUUCGGCGGCAAUCCAGAUAGUGUUACCAUCUUCGGGGAGAGUGCUGGCGGUGCUUCGGUUCACAUGCAGAUGCUGACUCCGAAAUCUGAAGGCCUAUUCCACCGUGCCAUCAUGCAGUCUGGUAGUGCCCUGUGUCCCUGGGCAAUGCGCAACGACCACAAGGAAGUAGCCGCUGGAGUUGCUCGCCAGCUGGGGUGUCCAGGAGUGGAGACUCCGGACGGUUCUCUUAACGGCGAGACACUCUUGUCCUGCCUUCAGGCGGCGUCCGUCGAGGAUCUCAUCAUGGCGGGAACACAGGGAGAGGUAUGGAGCUAUUUCCCAUUCUACAUGGUUCCUCGGGUGGACGGCGACUACUUCCCGGCACACCCCGCUACGCUGAUGCGCGAGGGACGCUACCACAAAGUUGAUGUUAUUUCCGGUGUGUGCCAGCAUGAAGGCUUCAUGACAGCCAUCAAUGCCGUGGAGACUCCCGCGGGGAAGCAGUUGCUUGAGUCCUUCCCCACGCUAGCUCCCAUCUCAGUGGGCGUGGAUGAGGAGGAACGCCCAUUCUACCUCGCCAGGAGGAUCUACUAUCACUACCUGGGCGCCGGAAAUAUCACCAUCAGUGAGAAGAACGUCGACGAGCUUGUGGAGAUGUACGGAAACAUAUUCUUCGCGGUGGCACAAGACCUCACAGUACAGUACCUUACCUGGGAUGUUGGCUACGGGAAAAAUGUUUACAUGUAUCAGCUGGAACACUUAGGAGACUCAAAAUUGUCUGAUAUGAUGAACAUAUCCCUUGAAAUGAAAUGGGUGGGUCACGGAGACGACCUUGUGUUCCUGUUCAAUGAAGUUUUCGGCAGCAAACCCUUGAAGCGACCAGAUGACGUGUUCCUCAGAGAGAUCAUAGUGGAUCUCUGGACAACAUUUGCUGCAUCGGGAAAUCCGACCCCGGACCUGACACUAGGCUUCCAAUGGACUCCCGCAACAGCCUCCUCUUUGCAUUACCUCAGCCUGCAGCCAGCUCCUGUCAUGCGCCCCGACCCUCGGGUUAAGAUACGUGCAUUCCACAAUGACCUUCCCACCGAAGAGAACAUGCUGCUGUUCCCGAAAAAGUUCCCUUCUAAAACUGUUGGCCAGGAGGAUGGUAGUGAGUCUGAGCACUGCCACGUGUAGUUGCUGAUGUGCACGCCCAAGUGCCUCGCUUGAGGAUCCAUUGUCAUCUACACCUGAAGACUUGAAAACGAUAAUAAGCAGCAACAAACCUUCAGCUUCAUAGACUUAGCAAGAACAAGAAGAAAAGAAUUAGGAAAAAAAUAUCGUAAUAGUAUAAAGUUAUAGAAGAUAAUGAGUAUCGGUGGUAGUAGUAGUAGUAGUAGUAGUAGUAGUAGUAGUAGUAUUGGGAGGAGCAGCAGUAAUAGUAGAAGUAGUACUAGUUGUAGUAGUAGUAGUAGUAGUAGUAAUAGUAGUAGUAGUAGUAGUAGUAGUAGUAGUAGUAGUAGUAGUAGUAGUAGUAGUAGUGUUGAUGUUGUUGUCGUUGUUCUUGUAGUAAUGGUCGUAGAAGUAGUAAUAGUAGUAGUAGUAAUAGUAGUAGCAGUAGUAGUAGUAGUAGUAGUAGUAGUAGUAGUAGUAGUAGUAGUAGUAGUAGCAGUAGUAGUGAAGAAGAAAAGAAGAAUUUAUUGGCCAUACAGCAAGGAACAAGAAUAUAGCCAUAGUGUAGUGCAAUAUAGCAGUUUUCAAUAACUAAAGGGUAUUUAAAGGGUCUGGAAGAGUACUGAAUAUUUCCUGUACCUCAGGACGUGCUACAUGUAACAGUAGAGCUCGCUUCUGUACAGCGUUUGUCAUACCUGUGGCCUCCAGAUAGAAUUGGAAUGUCUUAAUCCAUUUUUUCCACCCGCUGGCUACUUAAGAUGGUUCUUGGGUCACUUAAAAUAGUGGAGGUUGAGUUACGUCAUGUGGCAUCCUAGAGACGUGUCCCUUCUGCUGAGUUGCUCCCUGCCAGGGGGCCGGACAACUACGUCGCCAGAAUAUGUUAUGUAUCACUCCUUUUGUUAUCAGCCAUUUGUAUAAGAUGCCACAGCUUUACAUACCUGGAAUCAUAUGUAUAUGUUGGUUUUAAUAUCCCAGCCUUGUCGCCAGAAUAUGUUAUGUAUCACUCCUUUUGUUAUCAGCCAUUUGUAUAGGAUACCACAGCUUUACAUACCUGGAGUCAUAUGUAUAUGUAUGUUUUAAUAUCCCUGCCUUAUCGCUGCAAGUCUGGUCCUUGCUGAGAACAUGGAAAACAUUAUCAGAGCACUGCAUUUUAUUAUAUUACAACAAUACAUCUUAGCUCUCCAUCUUGAGAGUUUCUUCUACAAGCUAUAAACGCUCUAAAUGAUAAAAGCAAGAACAAUAUAUGUAAACAGAUACUUGAUCCUCUUAAUAACACUACUGGAUACUUUAUACAAUAUUAAAUACUCCAUACAGUCUACACGUAGAAAAUGGAGUAAUGACUUACACUACAGAAAACUAAAUAAUAGUCGUAACUUAAAUAUUAUCUUUGUAUUCAUACAAUAUAUUAUACAUUACAACGUCA